UAAAAUUAAGAGUGGUGACGCGGAAGAAGGCGAAGGCGAGGAGAGAGAAAAAAAAGGUAGAGAGUUAAACCGUUCAUUAUGGUCUUGUCUUGGCUCAACAACCGUAUCCAUCGCUUCAGCCUAAUCCUUCUCUCAUAUUCAUAACCAAACCCCACUCUCUAUCAACUCACAAACACAUCAUCGUCUCUCUUCUCUCAUCAUAAUUACCAUGGACCCAAACCCAAACGCCUCAGAGGUUCUCCACGAGUUCCCUCGCCUCUUCCGCAUCUACAAAGACGGCCGCGUAGAGCGCUUCCUCGGCACCGAAACCACCCCUGCCGGCACCGACCCCCCAACCUCCGUCCAAUCCAAGGACCUCACCAUCAAUGCCAACACCGGCGCCGCCGUCCGCCUCUACAUCCCCCCCAACGCCGCCGGAAAGAAGCUCCCCCUCCUCAUCUACAUCCACGGCGGCGCCUUCUGCGUCUGCACCCCCUUCAACCCCGCCUACCACCACCACCUCAACGCCGUCUCCGCCUCCGCCAACGUCGUCGUCGUCUCCGUCCACUACCGCCUCGCCCCGGAGGACCCCCUCCCCGCCGCCUACGACGACUCCUGGGAGGCCGUCAAGUGGGCCGCCUCCCACGCCAGCGGCGCCGGCCCCGAGCCCUGGCUGAACGACCACGCCGAUCCCUCCACCGUCUUCUUCGCCGGCGACAGCGCCGGCGGCAACAUCGCCCACAACAUGGUGAUGCAGGGCACCGAGGAGGGCUUCGGCGGGUUGAAGGUUGAAGGGAUGGUGCUGCUUCACCCUUACUUUGGUGCCGACAAAAAGGACGAGCUUGUGGCGUUUCUCUACCCCGCUUACGAUGGACCCAGCAACCCCAAGAUUCACUCCCCCAUGGAUCCAAAGCUUUCCACUUUGGCCUGCCCCAGGGUUCUGAUCUUCGUCUCCGAGAAGGACUUUCUGAGGGAGAGAGGGUGCAACUACUACGAGGCCCUCAAGAACAGCAACUGGAGUGGCAAGGUCGACAUCGUGGAGUUCUCCGGAGAGGAUCACGUCUUUCACUUGUUCGAUCCCACUAAGGAAAACUCUCUGUCCCUCAUGUCGCAGUUUGUCGCUUUCUUGAAGCAGGGUAGAGCUUGAUUCAUUCAUUCCUGGUACGUGGUACCUGGUACCUAUACUGCGAUCACUGCUCACCCUCAUUCUUACUGUUUUGCUUUCUUUCUUUCUUAUAUUGUUUCUCUAGUUAUCAUCUUCUAGUUCUAGUUUCGGAACCCAGACUUCGAUCGCGUGGAUUCGUUUCCAAUCCAAUCCUCUCAAUCUUUCUAGCUUCUGUUUGUCGUUUCAUGUCGAGCAAUGUCUGCGUAUCAGAUUCUGGAAUGCAUUAAUGAGUAUUCUUUAUUAUAUAAUAAUAAUUUUUAUUAUUCUGGUUAUUUCUCUCA